GCGGGGCGGACAUCACAUCAUUACACCAAACUCAAUUUAUUCUCGAGUGUUGUGGAUGAUUCGCGCCUGGCUACUGGGCCCUGACCUGUGCUCGGUGUGGACCACCCUGGACGUGCUCUGCUGCACGGCGUCCAUCCUUUCGCUGUGCGUGAUCAGCGUGGAUCGCUACAUCGGUGUGUCCCGGCCGCUGGCCUAUUCACGCAUCCUCACCAAACGCAGGGCGCGGUGUCUCAUAGCUGCCAUAUGGGCGCUGGCCCUGGCCAUUAGCAUAGCGCCGCCCCUGGGCUGGAGAGAAGAGCUGGCGCCGGGGAGUGUCAUGUCAACAAGCAAUUGGCAGUGGCGGAUCUACGGGCGGGGGGCUUUCGGGCUCAAGCCCCCCCAAAACGCCUAA